UUAUAUGCGAAGUGUUAUCAGAGCAGUUUAGAAAGUUUAUUCAUUUGCUGAACGCUGUUUACAUACAAAAAUGAUCACGAUGCAGCGCUGCAGGCAAUUGACACUGCCGUUGGCCCUGCGACGGGGUUUCUCUUUUGGCCAGGUCAGAAGUCAGGCAGUGACCACAGAAACGCCUGAAGCGGAGCCACUGGAUUCAUUCGAGCGGCAGUACCUCAAGGAACGCAUCGAGAUAUCGCCUUUACAGCGGAUGGUCCUAGGAGCCGGGUCAUCCAUUGCUGCCUUGCUAAAUCCCAGACGCCACGACAUGAUUGCCUGUUUGGGCGAGACCACAGGCGAGGGCGCGCUUUUGAAUAUUUUGGACACCAUGCAGGCCAGCGAGGAGGGUCAGCGCAUCAUGGCCGACAAGCCACGCAUCCAUACCAGCACCAUUGACUUUAAGCGUCUGGAAACCCUGCCGCCCGACACUUUUGGAGCCGUCUACGUCAAGUUUCUGAAAGACAAUCAAGUCACUCCGGACACUCGCAUGGCCGUGAGGUUUCUGGAGGAUCCCAAGCUGGCCUAUUUGAUGACGCGCUACCGUGAGUGCCACGACCUAAUCCACACGGUACUGGACAUGCCCACCAACAUGCUCGGCGAGGUGGCGGUCAAGUGGGUGGAGGCGCUCAAUACGGGCCUACCGAUGUGCUACGGCGGCGCGGUGUUCGGAGCGGUUCGCCUACGUCCCAAGCAGCGGCGCGCAUACUUGAAACACUACUUGCCUUGGGCCCUGGAGAACGGCAAGCGGACCAAGCCCUUGAUGCCCGUCUACUGGGAGAAGCGCUGGGAGCAGAAUAUCAACGAACUACGCUCCGAAUUGGGCAUAACUGUGUUGAAUAAAGUCUGAUGAUAUGUUUUAAUUUUUAA